AUGCUGGCUGGUAUAAAACCAACCCAGUCCAAUAAGCUUCACGCUUUCGUGUCCUACCUUGUGGAAACGCUCGCCAGAAUCCUCAGCGCUGUCCGAGGCUACGUCUUCGCUUCUUGGAUCAACAUCCUCCUACCAUGUGUGCCCGCCGGCUUUGCCGUGAAAUACAGCGGCUGCAGCGCACCGGUCAUCUUUGCGAUCAACUUUCUGGCAAUAUUUCCCGCCUCCGAACUGCUCGGCCUUGCCCUAAAACGAAUCCAAAGGAGACUCAAUACCUCCCUAUGGGCCUUGCUCUAUUCAAGUUUCGGUAAUGCUGUCCAACUCAUCACCUCAAUACUCCUUCUCCGAAGCCGCCAAAUUCGCACCUUGCAGAUGUCGCUAAUCGGCGGAAUCUUAUCAAACAUGCACCUGAUGCUGGGGCUGUCCUUCUUGAUCGGAGGCAUACGAUACUCGGAAGCAUGUUUCAACACGUUCGUCGCAGCCGAAAUGGGUGCGUUGCUUCUCCUAGCAAUAACAGGGAUUAUUAUUCCGACCGCGACUGAGCUACUUGCAAAGCCUACGGACGGAGGGGUGUUACGGCAGUCCCGGGCGUUGUCUGUGGUGUUUUUGGCUGUCUAUUGCUGUUUUUUGUAUUUUCAGUUUCGAUCGCAUUCGGAGCUUUUCGGUCCACCGGACUAUGAUUUCCCUGACGAAGCAGGUAACUCGCAGGACCUUGAAAGAGGCGAAGCAGAAGGGGAACCGGAACAACAGGAAGAGAGCAUCGUGUUCCCGAUCACUGUCAUGGCAAUUUCCACGACACUUAUCGGAUUCCAUGGCCUCUUCGCUACUGAUAAUCUUGAAGCCCUGAUGCAUCAAACCGGGAUGACCGAAACAUUUGUUGGAAUCGUUCUUCUCCCACUUCUCACCAACGACUCCGAACCGGUAAAGGCAGCGGCGAAAGGCGAAAUGGAUAUUUGUUUGCUAUCAACGGUUGGGAAAUGCGUUCAGACAACGUUUCUGAUAAUACCCGUGAUUGUGAUACUUGGGUGGAUUAUGCAGGUGGACAACAUGACGCUUAGUUUUGAUGGAUUCGAGAUUGCGACGUUGUUUGCAUCGGUCAUCUAUAUUAAUGUCCUCAUUUCAAACGGGAAAUCAAACUGGUUGGAGGGUAUUGCGCUGAUUGCUAUGUUUAUGGCUAUAUCGAUUGCAGCUUUCUACAUCGAAUAG